AUGAGAGCAGCAGUGCUCGAAAGACCCGAAACCCAAGUGGGAAGCGCAAUGCCUGACGAUCUUCCGACCUUGUUCAGGCCACCGCUUCCCAUGAUUCCCGUAGGAUCGAGACCAGAGCUCUGUUUCGAGCACGUUCGAACUCACUCUGGCGACUCGGAGUGGCGAUUCGAUAGCCGAAACUUCAGAGGAGCGGGAUCGUGCAAAAAGAGAACGAGAGCGAGCGAACGUCCGCCCGUCCAAAUGUUAAGCGCCAGGCCGUCAGCAAGUCGCCCACCGACUCGGCCUGACACAUUCCGAAAGUCGAGCCGCAACCCGCUCAACAUGAGCCGUACGGCCGCCACCAAGACCACGGGCCAUGCGCCGUCCACGUUAAUGCUGGAGCGGAUGCACGAGGCGGCCACGGACUUGGCCAUCCUGGCCACCACGACACAGGGCUGGCGAUUCGCCAAUGAACGCAACGGUACUAUGCUCUACGAGAUGGCAGGUCGAAACCUGCCUCAGAAUGUCACUACAGCCAGGAAAUUCGGACGUGGAGCAGGCCACUCGUCCGACUAUUAUCUCGUCCGGGCAGUCACCACAGUACACACAGAGGUGGCCGCAAUGCUCGACCUGUUGCAUUCGUCUACUAGCGACGAGUUCCGACUCGUCAUGCGGCAGGUUUUCCAACAGUAUUUCCAGAACGGCGUCACGUUGGACAAGUUGACGUGUACCACUCCACCUCCCUUCGCCGAAGACCCAGAUGCUGGCGUGGAUGGGUCGAGACGCAGCUUUUCGGAAGAUGACGCGUACUCGGUCAACUGGUUGACACUCAAGGCACAGUCCAAACUCGGAACGGUGGACAAUCACCGAGAUUUCACUCUAGUUUGCUACCAAGACGCGUUUUCUCGCCAUGAGUCGGGCGUGCUGGAACGCGUCGGACGGGGCACAGCACGUGCGAGAUCCAACACGUCAAAUUUCCAGCCUCAAAGCAGAUUGGUUGGCGUCCACGUCUUGAGUAGCGUCAACUUUCAGGAUGUUCCGGAACUGCCUAUUCCGGAAUGUACGGACCGCCUCCACUUUCGGAACUCCGGAUUCGUGGUCGAGGAGACGUCGGAGCCGAACAUGCUGCGACUCUCGCUUCUGAUGUCACUAUUACCUACCAAGGCGACACUUAAGUAUGCUAGGAAGUACCAGCGAUGGCUGCAGACACUAGCGAGUUGUGUAGGCAAUCUGGCGCAGGUGCUCAGACCCGAAGUUACUCUGCAUUGUCUGAGUAAACUCACGUGGAAGCAGAGUGAUCACUGUUUCAUGUGUCUUAAGAUGUUCCGCACAUUCCGUCGGUGUCAUCACUGUCGGUUCUGUGGCGAGGCAGUGUGUGGAACGUGCUCCAGUAUGGUCAACAUGUCCGGAUACGAGGUCACGGACGGUAGCGGUAACACGCUGGCAGCCACCACUCUAGCGUCAUCACAACGUGGCGAACCGAACGUCGACUUCAGUCAGACUGGAGAUAUCUGGAGCAAGACGUCGGGUGACGGCAUGGGAGGUACACGUAGCAGUAACCCUCGUAACUUCCGGGAAGCCAGAGGCUGCAAUGCUUGUGUCGCGGAUCUACGUCACGGACUGACAGCUUCGGCUGUUGUGAGGAUGCGCCGGAAUUCGGAUUCCGGAAGCAAUUUUAGCGGUGAUAGUCCGAAUAAUUACAGUGGCGAUAACCCUCUGUUGGCGCGCUCGAGAACUGGACUAAGUGCCAGUAACGACGAUGAGGAAGUCGUGUCGUAUGACAGUUCGGAUAACGUCAGCUAUGAACGUCGUUUGGGAUCGAUUGCGACGUAUAUUACUUCGGAAGGCGGUCCGGGUGCACUGGUGGAAGAGAACGGACCCUUUACUGCCAGUAGCCUAGGACUGGAUGAACCAGUGGAUGAGUUCCCAGUUACAUCCGACGAGCUGCAAGACACAUUCCCGGCCGUGGACGAACCGGCCCCGCCACGGUUCCGAACUGUGUCCGAUCCGGAUCAACUUCGUCGUAUGCGUAACGUGUCGGAUCCGGAGCUGCCUCAACGUCUUAAGGACAAACACAGUAUGGUGUCCAUGUCCACUGCCAGUAGCUCGUUCUCGCGAUCUUCGAACGACCGUCUUACCAACGACAACGCGUCACAGUAUUCACGAGGCACCAACUUUUCGGCCAUGUCGGACGGAUUAUUAUCAGCCUGUGAUCUCUCUCGUGACCCAGACAUCUUGGCUCUUGCUGGCCUGUCGAUGAAACCCAGACCGUCCGAUGACUAUGAACCUGCCUCAGUACAGCGACCACAAUUGCCUAGCAGCAAGACGUACGAGAUGACCAAACAGGUCAUUGAGGAACCCGACAGUGAGGCGGAGCCUACGGCUAAGAAAGAAUACAACGACGACGGUGCGUUCAACGGAAGAACCGUCCACACUCCAUGGCCUGGUAGCAAUGCGGAGUCUCGAUACCGCAGCAACACAACCAGCUCACGUGACGACCUCUCCGUGCCUCAACCGGACAUGCUUCGUCCUGCCGACGUUCUUCGUCAUCGUAGUCAAACGACUGCUGCUAUGACGUGGAAUCCUGCUGCGACAGCUCCGUUAUCUUCCUCGUUAUUAGCUAAGGAAGCCAGCACGAAGACGAACAACUUUGCAAGCUCCAGUAUUAGACCGACAACCGAAACAUCGACAGAGACGUCGGACAGCAACAGCUUCCAUUUUUUGAGAAUGAAGAGCCAACCGUCGACCACUUCGGCUGCGAUCGUAGCAGCCGCUGUCGCCACAUCAGCAAAGCAAGACCAGGUGACGUCUAGCAGCAAGAUUUAUAUCACUUCGUCAGCUCGACGAGGCUCCGUUCCGAAGCCCAUGCAUCGACUGCCACCUUCGGUUCCAGAGGACAGCCCAGUGUUGGGCCGCAACGACAUGAUCCCGUUGCCUCAGUCGGGCCAAGCUCCAGCGAAUUUCGUCGUGUUCUCGGACUCCAGACGCGAAUCCAUCUUCACGCGAGCGGAUGACGGUCAAGAUAUGAUUCCGCUCGAUUUUUAA